GAUACUAGUCUUUAUAAAUACAGUUUAUUAUCAUUAUUAUUGUUAUGAUUUGCUGGAACUGGCCCUUUAAUCCCCCUGUACCCCGUGCAGUGUGCUCCACAUCCAUCAGAGGGCGCAUCCUCGCCUCCUGGCCAAACAAACUACUCCCUGGAACAGUGAGCGAGGAGCCACUUCAACAAAGUGCCGGAGACUCGCGACCCAAGUUUUCACCUUUACGCGCGACAACCUGCACGUGUGAGCGCGUCACCGAGCACAGGGGACAGCACCGAUCCAGGCGCGCGGAGGGGUUUCCCACCCGGGGUUUUGGUUGUUUACGCACGGACUCCGGAGCUGGAGCCGGGAGCCGGGGACCGCUGAACAUCUCCGUCCGAACGGGAAACGAGGAGAGGGAGACGCGAGUGACGGAGGGGGAGAGAGGACGCGAACGGAAGGGAGGCAAGAAAUCACAGGAAAGCAAAGCUGUGUGUGCGCGUAACGCUGUUUCUGGGGCGUGCGUAAAGGCGCGAAGCAAAGGAACGUUCAUCGGAGAAUUAAACGAAAACGCUGCCGCUUUCCCCCCCUGUUUUCUCCGGGCAUGUUUCCGCGACACGCUGGGCGAUGUUGAGCCGCUGUUGUGGGGAGCGGGUGAUUCUCCAGGCGCCGUGGACACACUCUUCUGUGUUUAAUCUCCUUUUGGAGCUGGAAUUUACCGCAACUUCUUGUUUUUGACGCCAAGAAACGCACGAUGCCGUCGGGUACUCUGGACUUCUACAACUAAAACAGACUUGAGACGCUGUUUUGCGUGUGUGUGUCUCCCCACAUCGUGUUGUGUCGGUUCACUGAAAUGUGAGACACUGGGGAAGUCGGUUCAUGACAAACCGCUGCGUCCAGCUGUUUAAUCCUCCUCUAUCGUCACCAUCCAUUCACACCCUCUGCUUUUGGAUAUGCUGGGGAAACUUUUUGAGGAUGAAGAAGGUUCCCGGAGCCCGUCUCCGUUUUCUGGUCACGCCGCCGUCUGCUGAGCCCGAUUUCACCAAACCGUGUUUUCAUCCGAGUCACGCUUUCACCGUGUCCACGCCGAGGGGACAGGAGAGCUGACAUGCGUGUGGAACGGGGACAUAUCGCGCUGUCCUGCUGCCAUUAGUCGAAAGUUGUGAAACUGCCUGUUUACCGAGCUGAUUGUGAAUGAUUGAGGACCCCCGGAGCUGGUAGGGAACCGACCCCACAGCCUGCUCUGACGCCGCGAACCGCCGCCCUCAGCGCGCUGUGAACCAGCUCGCGGACCCGGUUACUUUGCGAGGAGAGCCCCCCAGAGCAGCCAUGGAGGAGUGGAGACAAUGUGGGCGAUGGUUGAUAGACUGCAAGGUCCUGCCCCCGAACCACCGGGUCGUGUGGCCCUCGGCGGCCGUCUUCGACCUGGCACAGGCCCUGCGAGACGGGGUGCUGCUGUGCCAGAUGUUGCACAACCUCUCGCCGGGGUCAGUGGACCUGAAGGAGAUCAACUUCAGACCCCAGAUGUCACAGUUCCUGUGCUUGAAGAACAUCCGGACAUUCCUCAAGGUUUGCCACGACAAGUUCGGCCUUCGCAACAGUGAGCUGUUCGACCCCUUCGACCUCUUCGACGUCAGAGACUUCGGCAAAGUCAUCUCUGCUCUGUCGAGGAUCUCCCACCACAGCAUCGCACAAAUCAAAGGCAUCAGGAAGCCCACGCCCUCCAGGUUGUAUAAAUAUUUAUUGGGAUUUUUUUCUCAGGAUGUGAUCAAAGUCCACUUUGCUCUGCUGCGAGCCAUCGACCUGAACAUGGUCACAGGAGGAAGUGGCCUCGGGAAGAUCUUCCUCGACUUCAAGGAAAGGUUGUUGAUCUAUGGUCUGUACUGCAGUCACAUGGAAAACGCCCAGAAGACACUGGAUGAGCUAAUAGCGACACGGGAGGACGUCAAGAUUAAAGUGGAGGAAUGUACCUUAAAGGUGCAGGAGGGGAAGUUCAAGCUGCAGGAUCUUCUGGUGGUUCCCAUGCAGAGGGUUCUCAAGUAUCACCUACUACUGAAGGAACUUUUAAGUCAUUCAACUGACCGUCCAGAGAGGCAGCAGCUGAAAGAGGCACUGGAGGCGAUGCAGGACUUGGCCAUGUACAUCAAUGAAGUGAAGCGGGACAACGAGACGCUGAAGAAAAUCAGCGAAUUCCAAAGCUCAAUCGAAAAUCUUCAGCAGGUGAAGCUGGAGGAGUACGGGAGGCCAAAGAUCGAUGGAGAGCUGAAGGUUUGCUCCAUCGUCAACCGAACGAAACAGGACCGGUAUAUUUUCCUCUUUGAUAAAGUGGUCAUUGUCUGCAAGAGGAAAGGUUAUAGCUAUGAGCUCAAAGAGAUUAUCGAGCUGCAGUCGUAUAAAAUGUCCGACGACCCCAUGAACAACCGCGACAUGAAGAAGUCAAGUGGAAAAAUGUGGUCAUACGGUUUCUACCUGAUCCACCUGCAGGGGAAGCAGGGCUUCCAGUUCUUUUGUAAAACCGAGGACACAAAGAGGAAGUGGAUGGAGCAGUUUGAAAUGGCCAUGUCCAACAUCAAGCCAGAGAGAGCCACAGCCAAUCAGCACAACUUCCAGAUGCACACGUUUGACAGGAACACCAACUGUCGAGCCUGCAGGAUGCUGCUGAGGGGCAUCUUCUAUCAGGGCUACUACUGCUCUCGCUGUGGAACAGGAGCACAUAAAGAGUGUCUGGAAGUCAUCACCAUCUGUAAAAUCAAUCCUCACGACUUGGAACCUGGGAUGUCCUCAGGUCCCAAGAUGGUGGCAGUGAGGAACUACCACGGUACGCCGACACCUCCGGGGAAGACGCCGCUGUGUUUUCAGACGGGUGAUUUUAUCGAGCUGCUGAAGGGAGACCCGGACACGACGUGGUGGGAGGGGAAACUGAUACAAACACAGAAGAGCGGCUUCUUUCCCAGUUCGUGUGUAAAACCUUGUUUGGACCCAAAGCCCUUCCAGUCAUUAUCGGGCCGGCAGUCCUCAAGGGAAUCAGACUACUACGGUUAUCCCUGGUUUGCAGGGAACAUGGAGCGCCAGCAGGCCGACAACCUCUUGAAAUCCCACUGCAGCGGGACUUACCUUAUCAGGGAGAGGACCGCCGAGGCAGAGAGGUUCGCCAUCAGCAUCAAAUUCAAUGAUGAAGUGAAGCACAUUAAAGUCAUUGAAAAAGACAACUGGAUUCACAUCACUGAGGCCAAGAAGUUUGAGAGUCUCCUGGAGCUGGUGGAGUACUAUCAGGCCCAUUCACUAAAAGAAAGCUUCAAGUUGUUAGAUACCACGUUGCGAUACCCCUACAAGUCGAGAGAACGCUCGCUAACGCGGGCCAGCACGCGGUCUCCAGCAGCCUCCUGCGCCUCCUACAACUUCUCCUUCCUCAGUCCGCAGGGCCUCAACUUCUCCUCAUCUCAGAGCUCAGCUCCCUUUUGGUCAGUGUUCACUCCGCGGGUGGUCAGCACGGCCGUGGCCAGGUAUAACUUUGCGGCGCGGGACAUGAGGGAGCUGUCGCUGCGAGAAGGAGACAUCGUCAAAAUCUACAGCAAGAUUGGUGGAGACCAGGGCUGGUGGAAAGGAGAGGCCAACGGACGAAUCGGAUGGUUUCCUUCAACCUACGUGGAUGAAGAGGGAGUGCAGUAAAGCUGGGAUGUCUGCCGGCCUGGCUCCUUUUAAAUCAGGAACCAUCUUCUACCUACUGUUCUCAGAGAAAAUUACUCUCCCCAGGAAAAUGACACAAGGAAUAAAAGAACUCCCUUUUUUUUUUUUUUUUGCUGUUGUUUUCCCGCUGGAUUUCCCGGCGAGCGUUCCUCUCCCGUUUCUCUAUCUGCAAUUAUGCAUCAGCUUUGCUUUUGUUUUGUUUUUUGCAGGACGUCCUGUUUAAUUUGUGUACAGGAAAGAAGAAAGAAACUGGCCGCGCUGUUUGUCUUGAACCGAGGACGCAGCAGAGACGGACCAUGGAAAGCUUUACUAUGAAAAAGACGCCCCUUUUUGUUGCAGGUCUACGUGAGGUGAAAUAAUUGUACAGUAUAGAUAAUUUAUUGAAUAGAGAUUAUUAUCAUUACGAAUGAUUAUCGUGGGGACGUUGAUUUUAGCAGCAGCAAAGAAUCAGAUGAGAAAAACUAAAAUGAGAAAAAAAAAAAAAAAGAAAGACUGACGCUCUGUUUUCAUGUCGAGAGAUUUUUGCCUUAGUUGUCAUGGUGAUGCCUUGUGGGCUGACACCAGUGGAGGGAAUCAACUUUGUUUUUACUUCUCCAUGUGUGCAUGUGCCCAUGUGCGGCCCACACACACACACACACACACACACACACACACACACGCCGACCAAUGUACAGUACGGUGCCUUUGAAGAAUGGUCGUUGCAUAUUGAACCUCAACAUCAGCCAGUAAAGAACUUUGCCUUCCCCUGGAAAACACACACGUCUGUCCACAUCCAGAGGACGUUAUUAAGAAACGGAGGACAGAGGCACUUAAACAGCAACACACGGGGGGAAAAACAAGAUGGUGAAGCAUUUAACGCGUCCGCACUGGAGACGGGAUUGGACUCUCGGAGACUUUAGGAGGGUUUUUAUAGCCAACAACAAAUCACACACGCCGCUCACAUCAGUUUUGGCGUCACAAGGGUGUAAUCAGCCGGAUGCGAAAGGGAAUCAUGGAGACGUUCCACUUGACAACCACUCAUCACUUUUAAAUCUUCUACUUUUGUUUUUUUGCACAGAAUCAAGAUUAUUAUUUUUAGUUUUGAGAACUGGACCAUUUGUUGUUGUUGUUGUUGUUGUUGUUUUUUUCAUUUGAAGCCAAAUUCUGCCAUAUUUUUAAUGUGUGCAUGGAUUUUUUAAAAUCUUUUUUUUUGUACCUUGCCUUAUUUUUACAGAUGAUCAGGUGAUGGGAUUUUUUUCUCCUCGAAUAUUAAUUCAUGGUUUUUACACGUGUUGAAUCCGCUCUGACUGGUGAACAUUAAACAGUGUCAAAAGAGUUUUAAAUCUGAAGGAAGAACUGUUUGUGCUAAUUCAUAUAAAUCCACAGAAGGAGCCCUUAAUCACUUUGGGAUUUUCUCGGGGUGCAGUGCUCAGUGUUUCCAUUUACUCCCCAGAGGCUUUAAUACUUUUUUACUGAUUAACAGCCAUUUAGUCUGCAGUGAGUUGGCAUACAGAUUCCCUCAGAGAGAAUAAAUGCAGCAGACUUUUUAAUUUGUUAUAUAGAUAUUCAGAUGUCUUUAAAAGUUGAGUUCAUUAAUUUCACAUUCCAUUCAAUGUACAAUAAACUGAAUAACUUUUAAUAUUUAUCCUUCGUAUCCUCCGCCCUCACAUUUCAGUUUUAAUGUAUCGCUGCGGGUUUACACUGGAAUUGUCUAAUUUUGAAAUGAAAAGUGAAAAAAGCUUUACAAAAAAAAAUAGGAUUCGCUAUUUUCAUAAAAUGAAAUGAGUGUCUCCUCGUCGCCAGCGAAGCAUCGGAGCGUUCAGACGACACACUGAGAAAUAAAGUGCAAACACUGAGCACAUCAGCUCGGGCUCACAAACACUUCCUGAGCAGACGAUGCAGAUUUACGUUUGAUCGUCUGUGAUGUGAGUUGGUGCAACAAAGGCUGAUCGCUCCCCCUGAGGACACAAA